AUGGACAUGGACAUGGAAGGAAUGCACAUGUCCAGCUGCAAGAUUUCCAUGCUUUGGAACUGGAACACCAUAGACGCCUGCUUCCUCUCCGAAUCCUGGCACAUCACCUCGCGCGGGAUGUUCGCCGGCUCCUGCAUCGGCGUCAUUUGCCUCGUCCUCUGUCUGGAGCUCCUCCGGCGCGUCGGCCGCGAAUACGACGCCUUCAUUGUCCGCCGCGCGCGUCUCCGCGCGCAAUACCUCGUCCUGUCACCCGAGUCCACCAAGCCCGCCGCCGCAUCGUCCUCCUCCACGGACGCCAACUACGACGCCGGUGGUGGUGGUCUGCAGGCCACACUCGCCGGGCCAGCCGGCCAGACGGGCAAGAUGCAGUACACGCCGGUGCGGCCGACGCUGGUCGAGCAGACGGUGCGGGCGUCGUUGCACAUGCUGCAGUUUGCCGUGGCGUAUUUUGUCAUGUUGUUGGCGAUGUACUUUAACGGGUAUAUCAUUAUUUGCAUCUUUAUCGGCGCGUUUCUGGGCUCGUUCAUCUUUUCGUGGGAGCCCCUACAGCUGGGGAAGGAGAAUGAUGCAACCGCUGUAACCAAAUGCUGUGGGUAG